AUGAUGGCACAGGAGAUGGACUCCUGCUUGCUUAGACGAGCCAAACUGUUUGCCGCCCCUCAAUCCAGCUGUGAAAGGGGAGUGUGUGUCUCUGAUAUACAGGAGUGCUGUGUUCCCUCACAUAUGUGCACCUCCCCCCCCAAUGUUACUCCCUGUGCAGGCUGGUGCAGCCCAAUCUGGGCCAGCCUGCUGUCUAAUUGCUGUUUGAAUAAAGUGCCCUGUCCCUUUCCUUUGUCCAUACCUGUCCCUGUGCCUAUCCCUGUCCCUGUGCCUGCCUCUGUCCCUGUGCCUAUCCCUGUCCCUUUCCUUUGUCCAUACCUGUCCCUGUGCCUAUCCCUGUCCCUGUGCCUGCCUCUGUCCCUGUGCCUAUCCCUGUCCCUUCCCAUCCUUGUGUCUGCCCCCGUGCCUAUUUCUGCCCCCAUCCCUGUUCCCAUCCCUAGUCCCCUGUGCCUGUCCCCUGUUCCUGUGCCUAUCCCUCUUCCUUUCCUUUGCCCAUCCCUGUGCCCACCUCUGUGCCUGUUCCCAUCUCUGUCUAUGUCCCUGUGCCCGUCCCUGUCCCUUCCCAUCCUUGCGUCUGCCCCCGUGCCUGUUCCCAUCCCUGUCCCUGUGCCCGUCAUCCUUGUGUCUGCCCCCGUGCCUAUUUCUGCCCCCAUCCCUGUUCCCAUCCCUGGUCCCCUGUCCCCUGUUCCUGUGCCUAUCCCUCUUCCUUUCCUUUGCCCAUCCCUGUCCCUGUGCCCACCUCUGUGCCUGUGCCCAUCCCUGUCCCUUCCCAUCCCUGUCUUUGUGCCUAUCCCUGUUCCCAUCUCUGUCUAUGUCCCUGUGCCCGUCCCUGUCCCUUCCCAUCCUUGCGUCUGCCCCCGUGCCUGUUCCCAUCCCUGUCCCUGUGCCCACCUCUGUGCCUGUUCCCAUCCCUGUCCCUGUGCCCACCUCUGUGCCUGUUCCCAUCCCUGUCCCUUCCCAUCCCUGUCCUUGCCCCUGUGCAUGUCCCCUGUUCCUGUCCCUGUUAGGAGAUGAGAGGACAUUGCGGGUGAGGACCAGUUUAUGCGUAAUUUCUCGGCCAGUGUGUACAGCACAAAUUGAUUAUAAACUGCUUAUCUGGAAAAGCCAGUCAUGACUGUCCAGGGGCUGUAAAAUGCAAAGGAAUAAUUUAGUACUUGAAUAAUUUAUUAUCAUUCAUAUUGUAGUCAGAAUUCAAUUCCCCUACUGAAUGAUUGUGAGCUCGCGCCGAAAGAAUGAAUUACAUGCACUGUGGCCAUGUAGAGAACAGCAGACUAUAAGAGCUCAGGUAGGCUCUUAUUUAACCCUCAAAGUCCCACCUACCCGUCCGCUGUGCGAUGCAGGGCGGGGGACCUCAACCGCUGGUGGGGAUUCAAAAUGGGAAGAUGCUGACUGUAACCACUGAGUGUGUUUAGGGGAAAAGAGCUAGAUUAGACAUGUUGCUUUUAGAAUAAGAUUUUUAUUUUACACAUUGCAGGUGUUCCUAACUUUAGGGUGUUCUUAUGUCGUUUUCACAUCGCUGUCCACAUCUCUUCCUGUAUUUUAGGUAAUUUCACCACUAGCUGGUGAUGCUAUGGGAACAGCAGUGUCCAGCAAAGCCGAUGUUAACGUGUGUAAAUGUGAUGGUGUCAAGAUUUAGCACUCAAGCCUUAUUAUUUUUAUAGCAAAGUCUAAUUUGGAGGUAAUAUGGGGCAAAAAAGUCAUAGGGCGUUACUUUGUCUCGUAUCACAGCAGCCGAAAGAUUAAUAUGACCAUUUUCUGUACCUUAGAGCUUGUAGAAGCCAGUAAGAUAAAUGUCUUCGUAAUACUUUUAAACACAGUUGUACUAUCCCAUAAUUUGCCACAUCGAUCCUUGAGCCGCAGUGCUGUGGGAGUUCACCAAGCCAGGUCCUGAUCGUUGGAUUUCUAAAUGGCGUUUGAUAUUAAACAUGUUUGUGUUCCCUGUGCCGCCCUUAGGCAAGAACCUUUGGAGUCUUGUUGAUUAAGUGAAUUUUCCGUUAGGUCAGCAGUAAUUGUACCUUCCUCAUGCCGCUCCUUGUUUAAUUUUCUUUCUUAAAUCAUUAGUCUUUUUGAAAAUGUUUUAUUAAAUGUUUCAUACCUUCUGCUGGGUGAACAGAGAGACAGAAGAGGCUGCUGACUGUGCAGAGCUGGUCUUUUUAAUGUCCUUUAGCUCAGUCUUUGGGAAAUAAAAUUUUAGUGGGAAAAUGCC